GGCUGGCUCGCCUCCCUCCCUCCCUCCUUGCUUCGCCCCGAAGGGCUGACAACGUCGGCAGCUUCACCCCAUCUCCGCUGCCUUUGCCCUCUGCAUCUGGACUGGGGCCCGCGCCCACCUCUGCAUGGCUCCCGAGGAGGAAGAACGAGGAGGAGGAGCAGGAGGAGGCGAGGGCCAGUAGAAGUUUCGGUGCCGUGGCAGUGCGGAAGUGUGAUGUCAUCUACUGCUCUUACAGGAAACAAGUAGAAAGCUGAUCCGAACUUCAGAAGUGACAGUGUGCCCGCUGCUGAAGACAUCACAGGUUUCACGGUGAUUGAAGAGUGAUUCAACCUAGAUCAUGCCUAUCCCUCCUCCUCCAGCACCUCCACCCCCACCAACCUUGGCUGUGGCAAAUGUAGAAAAACCUUCCUUAAAUAAAUCAGAACAAGCAGGUCGAAAUGCUCUUCUGUCAGAUAUUACCAAAGGGAAACGACUUAAGAAAGCUGUUACCAAUGAUAGAAGUGCCCCAGUCAUUGAUAAACCAAAAGGAUCGGGUGGCGGCGGAGGUGGAGGUGGUGGUGGCUUCACCAGUAGUGGUGGUGGCGGUAGUGGUGGUGGCAGCAGCAGCAAUAGUUAUGGUGGAGGUGGGCCUCCUGGUUUAGGAGGUCUUUUCCAAUCAGGGAUGCCAAAACUUAGAUCAACAAAUAGGGAUAAUGAUUCUGCAGGAAGCAGAGCUCCAGUGUUCCCACCAGGAGGACGUGCGACAUCUGCCAAGCCCUUUUCAGCCCCUAGUGGCAUAGGCCGGUUUCCAGGCCCUUCUCCUGGCCAAAGAACUCCAGCUAUGGAACCACAAAGAAACCGAAUGCCUCCCCCAAGACCUGAUGCUGGAUCCAGGCCUGACACUGGUGCCCCUCCUGUGCCAAAUACUCCACGGCCCGUCCCAUCAAGUCUGCACAACCGAGGAGCUCCUCUUCUGCCAGGAGCAAGCAGGCAAGCCAGCUUGGGUCUUACGCCACCACCAUUCCCAGGAAACAGAUUUGGAGGAUCCAUGCGCCAAUCAUCACCAGGCAGCCCUGCUUCUUCUUCUCCUUCCUCAAAUAGGCCUCCUCUUCCUCCAGCACCAGGCAGGCCAAUAGAUGAUAAGCCACCUCCACCACCACCCCCCUCAGGAAACAGGCCUCCUUUCAACAGAGAACCUUCCCUGCCCCCUCCUCCUCCUCAGAACAACAAGCCUCCAGUGCCUUCAACACCUCGGCCAUCCUUUGGGUCUCUGGUUCCUCCUCCCCCUCCUCCCAAUAGGCCAGGCCCACCUCCAGUUCCACCCAUGUCUGGAGGAAAUGAUGAAAUGCCACGGCUCCCUCAAAGAAACAUAUCACUUGCAUCUCCUGCUCCACCAAGUUUGCCAAGCUCUGGUCGGUCUGGACCUCUUCCACCCCCACCAAAUGAAAGGCCACCACCACCUGUGAGAGAUCCUCCCAGUAGAUCAGGAUCCCUUCCUCCCCCACCACCACCAAUAAGCAGAAAUGGCAGCACCUCGCGGGCAUUGCCAGCAACUCCACAGCUUCCUUCCAGAGGAGGAUUUGAGAAACACAGAGGUGGAUCAGUGCCUCCACUUCCUCCUGACCGGCCAGGCUCUGGAGCCCCACCACCGCCUCCACCACCACCACCCUCAUCAGCAAUGCGGAAUGGCUUCCAGGAUUCUUCCUGUGAAGAUGAGUGGGAAAGCCGCUUUUCCUUCCAUCCUCUGUCUGACUUGCCACCUCCAGAGCCAUAUGUGCCCAUGAACAAAAGCUACCCCAGCAAACUGGGAAGGAAUGAUAAUAGAAGUGGAUCCAGCCGUAGAGAAAGAGGCGCUCCCCCACUUCCGCCUAUUCCAAGGUGAAACUGAUUUCAGCUGUCCUUAGAAUGACUGUGUGCUGUUCUAAAACUUCUCUUGAACCCACCUUUGCAGCUGGUAUUUUCAGAAGGCUUCUUCCUCUCCUUUCAGCACUAUUGAACACAGAUUCCACCUCCAGCUCAUUCUUCACACCCAACCAGCAGAAUCCAUUUUUGAAUUCGCUUUGAAUUCCAAAAGACUUGAAGUGCUUACUUUCUUUGCUUAUUCAAUCAUAGAUGUGUUUCA